AUGUCUGUUGAGUGCCAUCAGAGCUUGGUGCUGGCAGGCAGUGCCUAUUUGGCCGCCCUGGGGGCACUGGUCCUGUACUUCAGGAAGCCAGCGGGUUAUGGGAAGCAUUUGGAGAAUCGGAUGCCGGUGGGUAUCUGCCUGCCAGCCCGCGCUGCCUGGUUCCUGCAGGAGCUGCCCUCCUUCGUGGUGCCCGCGGGAAUCCUCGCCCUGCAGUCCUACUCUCUCUUCCGCACUCCUGAGCUUGUGCUCCUGGGCCUCUUCUGCGCACAUUACUUCCACAGGACAUUCAUUUACUCAUUGCUCACUAGAGGGAGGCCUUUGCCACUUGUAUUCCUUUUCAAAGGCUUUAUUUUCUGCUUUGGAAAUGGAUUCCUACAAGGCUACUAUCUGAUUUACUGUGGGGAAUACUCCUAUAAGUGGUACACAGAUUUGCGAUUUAGCUUGGGUAUUGUCUUAUUUAUUUUGGGCAUGACAAUCAAUAUUCAUAGUGAUUGUAUAUUGCGCCAGCUCAGGAAGCCUGGAGAAACCACCUAUAGGAUUCCACAAGGUGGAUUGUUUACAUAUGUCUCUGGAGCCAAUUACCUUGGUGAGAUCAUUGAAUGGUUUGGCUAUGCCCUGGCUACGUGGUCCCUUCCAGGACUGGCAUUUGCAUUUUUCUCACUCUCCUUCCUUGGACUACAAGCUGUUCACCAUCACAGGUUCUACCUCAAGAUUUUUAAGGACUACCCCAAAUCUAGGAAAGCUCUUAUCCCAUUUAUCUUUUAA